AUGGCUUCCAUCCCCGCCGCAGAUCUUCAAUCCUUUUCUGAAUAUCUUAAGGGCUGCACGCACAUUCUUGCCCUUUUAGGUGCUGGCCUCUCUGCUUCGUCCGGUCUGCCUACCUUUCGCGGGGCUGGAGGACUCUGGAGAUCUUAUGACGCUACUUCAUUGGCGACUCCGGAGGCCUUCGAUGCGUCACCGGAUCUCGUCUGGCAGUUCUACAGCUAUCGGAGACACAUGGCGCUCAAAGCAAAACCAAAUCGGGCUCAUUACGCGCUUGCGGAACUGGCAAAGAGAAAUAAAAACUUCAUCACACUGACUCAGAAUGUUGAUGGACUUUCACAACGGGCUGACCACCCACCGGAACAGCUUCAUCUUCUCCACGGCUCCCUGUUUGACAUCAAGUGUACCUCAUUUUACUGCAACUACUCCCGAAAGGACGACUUUACAGAUCCAAUUGUUCCCGCAUUGGCCAUCCCGACAGAAGGCCCCCAACCUGAGCCAUCUGCGGAUGACAAAACAGGAGAACAAGCAACAAAAAAUCUUUACGGAGCGAUGCAGGCAAAACAGGCGGCUGGACAACAGACAGGCAGGGAACUAGACAUAUCAGACCCGAAAGUGCCCAUUCCGGAAUUGAGAAUCGAAGAUCUACCACAAUGCCCCCAAUGUAAAGGACUCCUCCGACCGGGUGUCGUCUGGUUUGGCGAGUCCCUGCCGGCGCAUACCAUCCAUGUUGUCGAUGAGUGGAUUAGCGCUGCCCCUCGGAUCGAUUUGAUGUUGGUCAUUGGGACAAGCGCCAAAGUCUGGCCAGCUGCAGGCUAUGUUGAUAUUGCCCGUGCCAAGGGUGCUCGAGUUGCGGUCAUAAAUAUGGACCCGAACGAUAUACCUGGAUCUGAGCUGCAGUCCGGCGACUGGUUCUUCCAGGGAGAUGCUGGAGUAAUCGUUCCCGAGAUUCUCAAAAGCGUUAUCGGAGAGAUAUGA